GGUGGUGAUGUUUUCAGUGUCCCGCAGUCCGGAGCUAAAAAAACAAAACAAAACAAAACACAGCGGACGUAGCUUUAAAGUAGCGCCCAGAGCACAAUUGAACGCUGCGUCCGUCCCCACGCGCGCCGUGACGCUUAAAAGCGCAGCAUCACUCUGCCGGUCUCAAUUCUCAGUUCUCUCUCCCUCUCUCGUGCCUGCGCAUUGUUCACUGACAGUCCGCCGAAGAGUGUGGAAGUGACACCGGCAGCUUCGCUUCGCACGGGAAACUUGUUGAAACUGCAAAUUAUGACACGCGAUAUGCCGGAGUUCGCGUUAAAAGAAAAUGAAAUUCUAUCGCAAAUAUUACUUCAGUUGUUACGCGUUUAAAAAGCUUUCCAAAGACUCCUUAUGUCUCUCCGUGGAGGAACGGGCGAACAAGGAGUGUUCGUUUUUACCUGGGAACAGGUGGUACUGUAGGGAAACUGGGUGUGAAAAAAGAUCUAAAAUGAACAAAACACUGGAUCUUAACAUUACCCUUGAGGAUGAUGGAAACUGGACUUUUGUCAACGGUUCCAAUGAAUUCUUCUUACCUCAGAACAACAUUACAUACGUUGGAUAUUACCUGCAUCAGCCAUCUGUAGCAGCGGUCUUCAUAGUGUCCUACCUGCUCAUAUUCCUGGUCUGCAUGGUUGGAAAUGGAGUGGUGUGUUUCAUUGUGUUACGGAGCAAAAACAUGCGCACCGUCACCAACCUUUUCAUCCUCAACCUCGCCAUCAGUGACCUUCUUGUUGGGAUUUUCUGCAUGCCCACAACUCUUCUUGACAACAUCAUUACAGGUUGGCCGUUUGGAAGCAUGGUCUGCAAAAUGAGUGGAAUGGUCCAGGGCAUAUCAGUCUCAGCCUCCGUUUUCACCUUGGUUGCCAUUGCAGUUGACAGAUUCAGAUGUAUCGUGUAUCCCUUCAAGCAAAAACUGACAAUAUCAACAGCCACCCUUAUCAUUAUGAUAAUUUGGGUCCUGGCAGUGUCCAUCAUGUGUCCCUCUGGCGUCAUGCUUCAGGUGACUAAAGAGCAAAGCGUCCGUGUGUUUCUGGGAGAUGGCAACCGGACAAGCCCUUUCUACUGGUGCAGGGAAAACUGGCCUAACCAAGAGAUGAGGAAGAUCUACACCACCGUCCUCUUUGCCAACAUUUACCUGGCUCCUCUAUCCCUCAUAGUGAUUAUGUACGCAAGGAUCGGAAUCACUCUGUUCAAAACGGCCAUGCCGGCAGGCGCCAAACCGGGUCAUGAUAACCGCCACUCUGUGUCGAAGAAAAAACAAAGAGUGAUCAAAAUGCUCCUCAUCGUGGCCUUGCUCUUCAUCCUGUCCUGGCUGCCUCUGUGGACGCUGAUGAUGCUAACAGACUAUGUCAAACUUACGGAAGAUCAGUACAAGCUUAUUAACAUCUACAUUUACCCUUUUGCCCACUGGUUAGCCUUUUUCAACAGCAGCGUCAACCCGAUAAUCUACGGGUUCUUCAAUGAGAACUUCCGGCGUGGAUUUCAGGCCGUGUUUAAGUUCGGCCUGUGUCCUGUCGGUGGUCAACACCGGACAUAUUCUCACAGGGUGCAGGGCAAUUCUGUGCAACCGGUGAACCCGCAACCCUCCACAGAGCCCAUCUCGCUUAACAGCCUGGAGAACAACAGCUCGAGGAGGAUGAACCAUGUCAACGAGCAAGACUUGGUGAUGGAAGAUCUCGAAAAAGUGUCUGAAUGCAGCGUGGAAGGAGCUUCUCUUUAGGGUGCCCAAUAGAGAGAGGAAGAGAAUGAUAGCAGGCUCAUUACAUCUCAAAUGACAGACUAUUAUUUACUUACAAUUUUUAAAUGACAUUAACAUUGUGUAUAAAAUGGAUUUUAUUUAUUUUGAGUAGUUUUUGCUACUAGCAUGAAUGUAUUUACUGAUGUUGUCAGAUACAAUUGGGCACAUCUGGCAGUUCAUCAGCUGUAUUCUUGUACACUUCACAAUCAAAUUCAGUUUAAACACUGUAACAUUAUUGUAAAAUGAUGUAUAUACAUAGAAUCAUUAUGUGAAUUUGCUACUGUAUAGUGAUGUAAGCAUCUGGGGUUUUACAGUACAUCAUUUUAUUUAUUGAUUUAUUUUUAUAUGCACAUGAAAGUAUUAGAACUGCCAUAAUUCAGAGUCAUUAAUUGUUUCUGGAUUACAGUGUGAGAUUUUAGGUACAGCACUUGCAUCUUAAUACUAAUAUUAAACCUUCAUACCUCUUCUGUGACAGAUCCCUCAAAGUGCUAGAAUAAAUUUUAGUGGGAGGGUUUUAUGGACCAUUUUUUGUUAACUGGUGCCAAAACAGGGUAAAAUGAGCCACGAUAGAGAUUAAUCUGAUUGUUUGCUGUUGGCACAAUAAGCAGAAAGUAAUAGUCAUAGUAAGUCACACAUGCCUUUCUGCCCUGACUGAUAGUUGUAUGGGCAACAAGAAUAUUUGAAGCACAUGAGUCUGGAUGUAGCACUGUGACUGACUUGCCUCAAGUUUGUUUUUAACCUCUCUUUUUGCAUGUUAAAUAGUUUCCUGCCAUGUCGUUUCUAACUACUCCUUUUUUAAGCCUGUAUUAUCCUGUAACAGUUUUGCAAAACACGAACUGUUGUCAUAAAACUGCAGUGAUUUUAAAGUUAGACCCCAGCUCUCUGUUGUGAUCCUUCAGGGGAGACAGCGCAAGGUUUGGAAAUGAUUGUCUGUCUUAUUAUGUAUUUUACUCACCGUGUUUCAGCUGAACGUACUUUGAUGUAUUCAUCUGUCUGACAUCAGAAAGUUCCAUUUUACCUUUUUGAUAAGUGUUAAAUUUAAUAAAUGUUAAAUAAAUCUUUUUAAACUGUGAAGGAAGUUCUGAAAGCAAGCUUUAGUGAGGCUCACUGUUUCUGUAUAUUUACAGACAUAUUGUAGUUUGGUAAAGAAUCAUUUUUUCAGUUUCUUUCUUAGUUUCACCCUGAAUUAAUGAAUGUCCCGCAGUCAUUGUGAAUGUCAGCAAAAGUCUUUUCUGUCUCUCAAAUAGAGCAAAUCAUUUCCAUUUACCAGACUAUUUUCAUUCAAAUGUGACAGGACUUUGCUGGACUACUUAUUUCAACCAUUGAAGAUUUUCCAAAACACCAUCACGCAGAGGAUUUAUCCUCAAGUAAUUUUAGCAUCUGUUGUCUGCCGUAGAUUGAAUCUAUCAGCAGUCAGAGCUGUGGUUUUGUCAUUAUCAUAGCAGAUGGGAGAAGAGUAUGUGAAUUCUGCCCUGUUCUUGAUAGGAGACACUACACAAACCAAUGCAAUGUCAACAUGAUUAAGGCAGCAGCACCACUGUAAAGUGAUAUCGAAAAUUAACUAUGAGAAAGUGUGUUAGAAAGACAAGACGUUACGGGAAAACAACCUGUGAUUACAAGGUGAUUGUGACUCUCCAGAUGUGUCACUUGUUAUUGCAGGAUCUGCCAAGGACACAUCUCCCUGUUAAUGAACAUAAACUUGCUCUUUAUGAAAAACAGAGUAUUUAUCGUGGAUUUGUUCAUUUCUGUAUUUCUAAUGAUGUACUGGCAAAAGCAAUGGUGUACACUUUGUGAAUCUUGUUAUAUUGGUGUUGGCUACAUGCUAAUAUUGAGUACAGUUGUUUCAAAAAGUGAUUGUGAACGACUCAUUCUGAUUUUAUAAACACCUUGCAACAAAGCAAUCUGUGUUCAGGGUUAACUUUUCUUUUCAAACUGACUACAUAUCGAUUAAAAUAGUCUAUGAAAACUAAAAAAGUGCUGUUUAUAUUGUAAAGAUACUAUCAUGCUUUGGUGUAGAUUGAUAAAGCAGUGUAAAUAGCUUUUUUUAAAUUUAGAUUUAUUUUUUUGGUUAAUUUCACAUAGCUCCACCAGACACGGCUUUAAAGGACCCUCAUUGGUGCAUCAUGGGAAAAAACUGAAAUGUCUUUUUGGAUUGGAGUUGCUGGCGCUCCCCUUCAGAGAUCACCGAUUCUGUCACCGUUUCCUUUUCCUGAAUGGAAAAAAAAUGAUGCAACUCAUUCUUUAUAGGUGCAAGAUACCUCCACGAUCCUCCAGACUUUAUAUGUCUUAAAGUAUACAGCGUUACAACGAAAAGCGAAAUUUGUCUGAUCAAACUGCCAAGUGAUUUGUCACAGUUCUAUUCACACUGAACUUUCUGCUGUCUUUUCUGCUGUAACCAAUGAGGAAGCAGAGAUAUUCUUUUGGUAAUGUAAUCAGGCAUUGCCUGGCCCCGGGGCCUGGCUCCAGCAGUGCCUCUGACGGUGCUGGAAAUAGGACAAUUCUGGCAAUGAUUCAACCUGCUGUGAUUUCAGUCUUCGAUGAAUGCACAGUACUGGUGAAAAUCUAGUGGCGUUCACGAGUAUGUUCUGAAUAAUGAGAUAAAACUGUCACAAAAAAUAAAAACCACAAAGUAUGAAGAGGGGGGUUGGUUUAUUCAGGUCAGUGCUUGAGAAAUGACUCAUCUUACUUACAAUUUUAAUGUGAUGUGUUAGUGAUGUAGACGUGAUGUGGUCAAUGAGUGCCACUGAGGCAAGACAUUUGUCAUGAUGACUGAACUUAAUAGCAUGUGUAAACAUUUUCAUCAUGUGCUAGACGAUAAAAAAACAUGUUGGCCGAAAUGAUGGCGCUGUUGAAACAGACAUCAGUCAUACAGACAUGUUAUUGUGAAAAGUGAGGAAACUGAAUAAAUCAAAAUGAGUGUACUUAUAUUGUUAUAUUUGUUUCCGGUGACCAUUGUCAUUUGUUAUCCAAGGCUUUGAGUCCAAGGCUUUCAGAAUGAUGUAAUAUAAAAAUCAUGUGCUCAGGGUAAUAAAUCGACGUGAAAGGGCUUGAA